UUUUUUAAUCAAAAGACCCUGAAGACUCCCAAAUCCUUGUCCUCGACUCAAAUUCAAAAUCUCUCUCUGUCUCUCUCUCUCUCGCUCUGUGGCUCACCAGUCGCAGAUCUAUUCCUCUUAAAGUGUAAAAUUAUCAGGCGGAGAGAGCAGAUCUAGCCGAUCCGCUCUAGCAGGUACCGUAUUAUCAGCGCAGCCUUAAAGAGGAAAAGAUGGAGAAUCUGUCAUCGCUGGUAAACAAGAUACAGAGAGCAUGCACGACUCUGGGAGACCAUGGAGACUCUAGCGCCCUUCCUACUCUCUGGGAUUCCUUGCCUGCCAUUGCCGUCGUUGGUGGUCAGAGCUCAGGAAAGUCUUCAGUUCUGGAGAGCAUCGUCGGAAAGGACUUUUUACCCCGUGGAUCUGGUAUCGUUACUCGAAGGCCCCUUGUCUUACAGUUGCAAAAGAUUGAUGACGGAGCUCGGGAGUAUGCUGAGUUUCUUCACCUCCCCAGGAAAAGGUUCACCGAUUUUGGUGGGUUCUCUUUGUCUCAUUUGAGCUUUACCUUCUCCUCUUAUAUUCCCAUACUAUUUUUGCUUACCUUAAUCACCUCUGUAGCUGCUGUGAGGAAGGAGAUUCAAGAUGAGACUGACAGGGAGACCGGACGUAGCAAGGCCAUUUCUAGCGUUCCCAUUCACCUUAGCAUUUACUCUCCCAAUGUUGUCAACUUGACACUGAUUGAUCUUCCAGGGCUUACGAAAGUUGCUGUUGAGGGACAAUCUGAAAAUAUAGUGAAGGACAUUGAAAACAUGGUCCGGUCCUACAUUGAAAAGCCCAACUGCAUCAUUUUGGCAAUUUCACCUGCAAACCAAGAUCUGGCUACGUCAGACGCAAUUAAAAUUUCCCGUGAAGUUGAUCCAUCUGGGGAGAGAACAUUCGGUGUCUUGACAAAGAUUGAUCUUAUGGACAAAGGGACCGACGCAGUGGAAAUUCUGGAAGGGAGAUCUUUUAAACUCAAAUUUCCGUGGGUUGGUGUUGUCAACCGCUCCCAAGCAGAUAUUAACAAGAAUGUGGACAUGAUUGCGGCUCGGAGAAGAGAGAGGGAGUACUUUUCCAAUACUACAGAGUAUAGGCACCUUGCACAUAAAAUGGGUUCCGAGCAUUUGGCAAAGAUGCUCUCCAAGCAUCUAGAACAUGUGAUCAAGUCAAGAAUUCCAGGCAUCCAGUCGCUUAUUAACAAAACAGUGUUAGAGCUGGAAUCUGAACUUAGUCGCCUUGGAAAGCCUAUUGGAGCUGAUGCUGGGGGGAAGUUGUACUCAAUAAUGGAGAUAUGUCGGCUUUUCGAUCAAAUUUUCAAGGAGCAUCUCGAUGGAGUGCGUGCUGGUGGCGAGAAGGUGUAUAACGUGUUUGAUAACCAGCUUCCGGCGGCUCUGAAGAGACUUCAAUUUGACAAGCAGCUAGCAAUGGACAACAUCCGCAAGCUGGUCACUGAGGCUGACGGUUACCAGCCUCACUUGAUUGCUCCUGAGCAAGGUUACCGUCGUCUCAUUGAGUCUUCUAUAGUAUCCAUCCGAGGCCCUGCUGAAGCAUCUGUUGAUACUGUUCAUGCGAUAUUGAAGGAUCUGGUGCACAAGUCUGUGAAUGAAACGGUGGAAUUAAAGCAAUACCCAGCACUGAGAGUGGAGGUGACAAACGCGGCCAUAGAGUCGUUGGACAAAAUGCGGGAUGGAAGUAAGAAAGCAACACUGCAGCUGGUGGACAUGGAGUGCAGUUACCUCACUGUUGAUUUCUUCAGGAAGCUUCCCCAAGAUGCUGAGAAGGGUGGUAACCCUACGCACUCCAUUUUCGACCGUUACAACGAUUCCUAUCUCAGACGAAUCGGAUCGAAUGUUCUGUCUUACGUGAACAUGGUCUGUGCUGGACUGCGGAAUUCAAUCCCCAAGUCCAUCGUCUACUGUCAAGUCCGAGAAGCCAAACGUAGCCUCCUCGACCAUUUCUUUGCGGAGCUCGGUACCAUGGACAUGAAGAGGCUAUCGUCGCUUUUGAACGAAGAUCCAGCAAUCAUGGAGAGACGAAGCGCCAUAUCUAAGAGGCUGGAGUUGUACCGAGCUGCUCAAUCGGAGAUCGACGCAGUCGCUUGGUCCAAGUGAAACGAGCAUCAUCAUCACAUGCCGACUGUUUUGCUGGGUCCAGACCCGGAAGAGACAUUUAGGUUGUUCUUCCCUGCAAGACGAUAUCAUACCAUGUCGUUUUAUUAUUACAUCACAACGUUUGUUUUACUUCCUCUUUUGUUGUGUUCGAUUUUGUCCAUCACUCAAUAUGCCUGAUUUGUUAUGUAGAGGAGAUAUUCAAUCUCUUAGUGUGAUUAAAGUUCUUAUAUUAUUUA